UUAACACUACUUGCAGUACAUUGGUUAUCGAUAACCGAUACGAAAACAUUUGUUGUUAAGUAUCUCAGUCUAUAAUUUCUAGAAUAAGUAAACAAACACUAAUAUUAUUGAGAAAUGAAAGCUGCACUCAAAGACAGGUGCAGAGUCUGCCUGGAAGUCAGUGAACACAUGGUAAACAUUUUCGAGAAAAAAGAAGAAUACAUUUCAAUAGCACACAUGAUCUCCGAAUGCACCGGCUGUGAUAUUGAAGUAGGGGACAAUCUCUCGGAGCUUAUUUGCCCAACCUGUCUGGAGGACGCCCAGAGUGCAUUCGAUAUUAUUGGAACCUACGAGCGCAGCUACCGGAUCUUCUGGGAGGCACAGGAUGCGGUCCUUGAGGAGGAUUUGCCAGACGGAGAGGUGUACACAAUAUCGGACAGCGAGAGUAGCACAUCCCACGAUACCGAUGGGAAGCGAAAGUGCAAUUACAAGGCAGCUAGCAGCAUAAGCAUCAAUGUCGAUGAAAUCUAUGAGAUAUCAGAAGAUGAAUGUGAUCCAACCGUUGACACCAAAAAUGAAGACUCUAGACAGCAACAGAAUACAAAAGGAUCCAAACAAAACAGCCCAUCGGUCAAGGUAGUCAAGCAUACUCCACGAACUGGAAGUACUGCAUCAGAAGAUCAGCUAAUUGAGACUGGCACCGAAAAACUGGAUUCCAACGACAGUAAUUUUGUUGGCAGUGGUACUCGGACGGCCUACAAGUGUUCCCACUGCAGCAAGUCCUUUCCACAUCGAUCCAUCUACGUGGCGCACAAGCGUAUCCACACGGGAGAACGUCCAUUCAAAUGCCCCAGCUGCCCGCUGUCUUUCCGACUGAAAACCUUUCUGAAAAGGCACAGCAUCCUACAUUUGGGAGAACGAUCUUUCACGUGCGAGAUCUGCAGCAAGUCUUUUCCGGAAAAAACUAACCUGUACCACCACAAGAAGAUACACUCCGACGAUAAGCCCUUCGUGUGCUCCUCCUGUCCGAUGGCCUUUCGGUUCAAGAGCCACCUAGAUCGCCACACAAUGAGGCACACGGGCGAACGACCGUUUAAGUGUGACUAUUGCGGAAAGGACUUCCCGGUACGCGGUAGCCUUGAGAAGCACAUAAGGAUCCACACGGGAGAACGUCCUUUUGAAUGCUCAAUAUGCCAAUCGGGCUUCGCGGAUUUAUCGAACCUAACAUCACACAUGCGUAUCCAUUCGAAUGAACGACCCUUCAAAUGUGAUUCCUGCGACAAGCGAUUUCUGGAUAAGUUUCGCCUGGCAAAACAUAAAAUGACCCACUCGAUAGAACGACCCUUCAAGUGUACUGACUGCCUGUCCUGUUUUUCAACUGCAGCCUGCCUCUACCAUCACAGAUUUGUACACAUGCCGAAAGGACCUUUUAAAUGUGAGGAUUGCGGUUCAGUCCUUAAGAAUAUGAUUCUUUUUCGGAGGCAUGCCAGGAGUCACGGCAAGGUGUUAGAACUGUAAUA